CUUUGACCACGUCCAGCGGAUGUGUUUAUACCAUGAGCUCGAAACCAAAGAUGGAUAUGGCGCUUCCACUAGCUCAGCUCCUGACUGCCUUAGCUCUCCUGACUAGUGCCUAUGUUUGACUUCGACUUCGAAGGCUUGGACCUGGACACCUGCGCAGAUUUCCAGGUCAUUGGCUUGGAUGGCACGCAGUACCCCAUCUCCAGACAAACCUCCACCGUGCGGGACGUCAUGGCGUUCCUGGAGGCCAAGUAUGGGAUACCCAGCGACGAGCAGCGGCUCUGCCACGAGGGUCGAGAGCUUUCUGACCCCAGCGCAGUGCUGCCUGAGGAUCUAUUGGAGCUGCACUUGCUGCGCAGCAAAGCGGACGAAGAGGAGUGGCUGAGCAGAGUGGCCGAAAACCCCUUCGCGCUGAGCGAUGCCCCAGCCUCCAUCAAGUGCAACAAGGCUGUGGUAAGGGCCGCAGCUGUCAGGGAGACCUCGGCCUUGGCCUAUGCGGCGGACACCCUGCGCCAGGAUAGGCACUUUGCCUUGGACUUGGUUUCUGCCGAUGGCGGCGCUCUGCGAUACUUUGCGGAGGAGGUCCGAGCGGAACGCGACGUGGUGCUUAUGGCUGUGCGGGCUGCUGGCUCUGUACUUAGAUGUGCCGCUGCCAGCCUGCGCGCGGACUCUGAAGUGGUGCUUGCGGCUGUUUGCCAGGAUGCGAAAGCUUUGAUUCAUGCGGACCCGCAGCUGCUAGUUGAUGACGACUUUGCCCGGCAAGCCAUGGACUGCAAUCGCCUAGUUGGCGACUACUUGGCAAGCCUCACCACAGACAAAGAAGACAGGGAGCAGCAGUCACGCCAGGAAGAGGACGUCAACCGCCAAGAUGAAAUUGAUGUUCAAAAUGCUGGAAUCGUCGCGGAAGUCGCAUUUGCUCAUUUUCAGCAGAGCAGCGCAAUAUUCCUGGAUGCAAGAUCGGCGGAUGAGUUUGACAAGAGUCACAUUGCAGGUUCCAUGUUGUUCUCUGAGCGAUCUCCCGUGCUUCAGCGCCUUGCUGAGCAGAGGGAGGAUUUGGAGCUUUCAACAAAUCCGGCUGUAAAACAGAUGGUUUCUUUCCCGAGCAAGCCUGUGAUUCUGUACAGCGACAGUGGCUCCGAUGAUCUCGCUGUGGGGUACAUCAGCCGCUGCGUUCGGGGUACCCGAUUUCUCCGCCGCGCUUGUCGCGCACAGCCAUCCUUGGGAAACGAGAAUCGAGUCUUUCGGCUGAUCGGUGGCCUGAACCAGUGGAAGCGCAUGGGGCUGCCGGUAAACGGCGAGCAUCGGCCCCUGAUCAAUGGCAAUGUACUGCUUGAAGCUGGGAUUCAUGGCUAUCUCGACCUAGAUGAUGAUAUUUGAUAGUUUGGGAACCAGUUCUUGUGUGUUGGCAGAAUUGCCACAUGUGUACAGCGUUUGUGUGAACAAUAUGUACAUAUGUUUGUGUACAGACAUCUUUUUAUGUGCAUAUAUACCAUCCAAGCGAGGGAGAGUUGGUUGAUUGUGUGUGCGUGUGCAGUUGACGUGCUUUCGUUCGCAAAGGUCGAACAUCCCGAAGGAUGACUCUGCAAAGCGAUCUCAGGCAGAACCACGGAC